AGAAUUUCCAUAUUUUUUUUCUUUUUUUUUUAACACAAUUUCCCAUCUCUGAGAAAGAAGAAAAAAAAUAUCCCCUUUCUUCAAUUUGAAACCCUAAUUACUCAAAAUCGAUCCUUUCAUCAUAAAUUUUCUAUCUUUCUUCAUCUCCUGACUCCUUCCACGUCUUCCCCCCAUCGAUUCUGUAAAAAAAAAAUUGUUUACUUUUUUGAUAAUCAAACUGUUGUUUUUCUUUCGAUCCCUGUAAGUUUUGUUAUUAUUAUCAUUUUAGAAUUGGAAGCAACAUAGAUUUUUGGGAUUUUUUUUUUAGGGUAUCCCCCGGAUGGGUAUUGUUGAUGAUUAUGAUUUCAUUUGUUGUUUGAUCAAAUUGUUGGUGAUCUAAAUGGGAAAUGUUGUAUGGGUUUGUUUUAGAUUGUUAUGAGAAGAAGAUUUGGGUUUUUUUUUUGAUUCAUAAAGGUCUUACCUUUAUAGAGAUUGAAGAAGAAGAUUGGUAGUAUUGUGUGUAUUCUCUCUUUCUCUCAGGAGAGGGGAGGAGGUAAUUGAAGAAGAAGAAGAAGAUUAGGGAUUUGGUCUUUUUAUGGGGGGGGAUUAUGAGAGCUGGGCACAGCCAAAUGGUUUACUGCCCAAUGAAGCGGCAUUCGUUACUCGUCCUUUAGAACACGAAAGAUGGAUGAAAGCUGAAGAGAGAACUGCUGAGUUAAUUGCUUGCAUUCAGCCUAAUCAACCUUCCGAAGAGCUUAGAAAUGCUGUUGCUGAUUAUGUUCAGCGCCUCAUUAUGAGAUGCUUCACUUGUCAGGUGUUUACGUUUGGGUCGGUACCACUGAAAACCUACUUACCAGAUGGUGACAUUGACUUGACCGCAUUUAGUGAUAAUCCGAACGCGAAAGAUACAUGGGCUAAUGAAGUUCGUAUUAUGUUGGAGAAUGAAGAGAAGAGUGAUACUGCUGAAUUCCGUGUAAAAGAAGUUCAGUACAUUCAGGCAGAGGUGAAGAUUAUAAAGUGUCUCGUGGAGAACAUAGUGGUAGAUAUAUCCUUUAACCAGCUAGGUGGGCUGUGCACCCUUUGUUUCCUCGAAGAGGUUGACCAUUUGAUCAACCAAAACCAUCUUUUCAAGCGCAGCGUUAUACUAAUUAAAGCUUGGUGUUAUUAUGAGAGUCGUAUUUUGGGUGCUCAUCAUGGUCUGAUUUCAACCUAUGCUCUUGAGACGUUGGUGCUAUACAUAUUUCAUGUCUUCAACAAUGAUUUUGCUGGGCCUCUUGAGGUUCUUUAUCGUUUCCUGGAAUUUUUCAGUAAUUUUGAUUGGGAGAACUUUUGCUUAAGCCUCUGGGGUCCUAUCCCCAUUACAGCGCUCCCAGAUAUGACAGCGGAAUCUCCUCGAAAGGAUGCUGGAGAGUUAUUACUCAAGAAACAAUUCCUCAAUGUUUGUACUUCAGUAUAUGCCGUUGUUCAAAAUGGCCAAGAAAAUCUGGGCCAACCUUUUGUUUCCAAGCAUUUUAACGUUGUUGAUCCAUUACGUACCAACAACAACCUUGGACGCAGUGUUAGUAAAGGUAAUUUCUUUAGGAUACGUAGUGCCUUUGCAUUUGGGGCUAAACGUCUAGCAAGGUUGCUUGACUGUCCAAGUGAGGAUCUUAUUGGUGAAGUCAAUUUGUUUUUUCUGAACACAUGGGACAGACAUGGCAGCGGUCGUCGCCCUGAUGCAUCUAGUGGUGGCAGAGAGAGUAUACGUACCGAGAAGGUUCAGAGGCCGAGACCUUUUAUCACCAGUGAACUGCAAGAAAAGUUUCGUUUUGCUAGAACACGUUCAAGCCCCGAGCUUUCAGAUACAUCCAGGGUGGUUUCAUCUCGAGGAAGCCGUUAUGAUGCCCCAGAAACGGGAAACAGUAAGAUUGUCACUACAAAAGCAGAUUCAAAUAGCUACCGGAGAAAGAACUUGGGUUCUGAUGUUUCAGUUGGACAUAUUAUUAGAUCUUCUACUGAAGAUCCAUCAUCUUUAAGGGACAGCUCAUCUCAUCAUAGCCUCGACGAUUCUGCUGAUUCAAAUACUGCUACAAAUAGUUUAUAUGAAGGAGUAGGAUUAAGUUCUUAUAGUCCAGAGCUUAGUUCCGCUGAUGACUCCAUAGAUAAGCACCAGGAGGAACAAGACCUCGUCAACAUGAUGGCUUCUUCUGCGCUACAUGGUUUUCCUGGACAAAUUCAGAUGCCAAUGCAUCUGGGGUCACCUCACUUACCUUUUCCAGUGUCACCAUCUAUCCUAGCUUCAAUGGGUUACGCGCAGAGAAAUUUUCCGGGUAUGGUUCCUCAUGAACAUGAUGAGGUUUACUUUGAAAGAAAUGAGAAUUUGAGAAGUUCACAUGCAAGUUCUUCGAGAAGCACAGAUUUUGUAGAAAGUACAUGGGAUGAAUCAUCUAUGACGGGCUAUAAGUCCACCAGAGAUAAAAGAGGAAGAAAAGUAUCUCCCUCAGUAGUUCCUUCUACUGUUUAUGGUAAGGGUAGGCCUGGGAGGCAAUACGAGGGUUCAUCUGCAUCUCAAGGUUCUUCACUGGCGGAUGAUGACAGCAGAGACUGGAUUCAACUAUCAACUGCAGGCAGUGAAUUGGUAGAAAGAAGCAAUAUGGAGCCCACAUCUCAUAAACUAUCAAUCAGUGGUUCAGAUUCAAUGAUACCUGUCGGCCCUAUGUUCUUGGGUCCUGGUUCACAUCAUAGGGCAAUGAAUAAUGGUGGUGCAUUACCCUUUGCUUUUUAUCCCACGGGUCCUCCAGUUCCUUUCUUAACAAUGCUUCCGGUUUACAACUUCCCAAAUGAGGCUGGAAAUUCUGAAGGAUCCUCAAGCCAUUUUGAUAGGCUGGAGGGUCAGGAUAGUGAACAUACAAAUCAAUCUGAUCAAAAUUUUGAUUCAGCUGACAUCAAUGAUCAAUCUGAUAACUUCAGCAAUUCUAAUUCAAUCAAGGGUGCUGCUUCCUUGGAGUCUUUAGAGGAGAACAAGGCUGCUGACAUCCUUCACAGUGACUUCGCCAGCCAUUGGCAAAAUCUGCAAUUUGGGAGGCUCUGUCAAUACCCACGUUCUCAAGGUGGGCCCUUGAUAUACCCCUCACCUGUUGCAGUACCACCCGUGUAUUUACAAGGAAAUUUCCCUUGGGAUGGUCCAGGAAGACCUGUUUCAGGAAAUGUGAACCUUGUCACACAACUACCGGGCUAUGGCCCUCGACUGGUUCCUGUUGCACCAUUACAGCCUAGUUCUAGUAGGCCAACUGGUGUUUACCAGCGGUUUGGUGAUGAAGCUCCUAGAUAUCGUGGUGGAACGGGGACUUAUCUCCCGAAUCCGAAAAUAUCAUUCCGGGACCAACAAAAUACAAGUCCCAAGAACCAGAGGGUGAAUCACAGUUACGACCGAAAUGAAUACCAUGGUGACAGAGAAGGUAGCUGGAAUAUCAACUCAAGACCACGAGCUGCUGGGCGCAGUCACGGACGAAACCAAGCUGGGAAACCAAAUUCAAGAUCGGACCGGCUGGGAGCGAGUGACAGCAGAUCGAACAGGCCAUGGGAUUCGUACAUGAAUGGGUCCUUCACAUCGUACCAGUCCCAGGCUGUUGCAUUUGGUUCUCCUUCAUUAAACAAUGGCUCUAAUAGUGUAACGUAUGGCAUGUAUCCACUUCCGGCAGUUAACUCGAAUGGCGGCUCACCAACAGGCUCUGUUGUCAUGGUGUAUCCGUACGGUGGCCAUAACGUUGAUUAUGGUUCCCCUGCUGAACAGCUUGAAUUUGGCUCCCUUAGGCAAGAACAUUUUUCUGUGAUCAAUGAAGAUUCACAGCGUGGUGAAGGAGUAGGUUCCACGAGAGGUUUGAUUGAGCAGCAGAGGUUUCGAGGAGGUUCAAAGGCACAUUCUUCUCCUGAUCAACCUUCUUCUCCGCAACUUCAAAGGUAAUAUACACACUACCAAUGUAACAUACAGCCUUUCUUGGCCUGUAACCCUUUUGUGAAAGGUAUAGACUGAACAAAAAGAAAAGGAAAAAAGAAAAGAAAAGAAACGGGAAUAGGAAUGGAGAUGAAGAUGCAGAAACGUGAUGUUUCUCAUAGUUAGUUCUUCAUAGAAAUGCUGUUGUUUGAUUUAGGAUGUCAUUAGGGCUGGCCUACUUUUGUCUUUUGAGGGAUCAUUACUGUGUGUACUUUGAUGAAAAUUCGUUCGUCAUUCCUCGUCUUCCUUUUUGUAGUUCACAUAACGGAUGUCCCUUUUGUCUUUUGAACAUUAUAUUGUAGGAUACUUUGAUCAGAUCAAUAGAUAUAUUAGAAAACAAAAAUUUCACAC